AUGGCCUCGAAUUCCAAACCGCAGUGAGUAGAUUUUUGCAUUCUUCGUUCAGUGAAUUACGGCUAAAGAAACAAAACGAUUUGUUGUGUAAAAACAAUGUUGUUCCCGAUUAUUUCCUUCUUGUCGAAGAUUUUCCCAUCCUGGUUAAAUUUAUUCACAGAUCUUGGUUACUCGCACUACGCUUCAUUUUGCGGGAAUUUAAUUCACGCACUAUUUCCCGCAGAAGCUAAGUUGUGUGAGAUUUUAAAGAAAAGACAACAAAACAAAUUAACAGAAACAUGUAAACGACUAUGUUUACCAAAUAAGUGCCUCUGACGGCAAAAUGUUUGCUAUAUUAAGCAGGUCCUACAGAGUAGCGAGUUUAUAACUUUACACACACUUGGCUUGGCCAGCCGACGUCCAAGACUUUGCGGCUGUAAACGAUAGAUUCAAAUUAUUUUCUAGAAGUGAUUUCCGCAUAUAGUACAACAUUCAAGGUUUGCUUUUAUUUUCUUGUAGCUGUGCACGUAUAUUAAAAAAAUGUAUAUGUCGCUUAUUUUUGUCGGCAGGAUUAUGAACUGGACGGAGGAACAUGAUGUGGUUUUUUGCCGAGAAAUAAUCUUUGUAAACCCAUUCAGUGCAAAGAAGAAAUCCGUUCAGCGAAGUGCCUUGUGGCAAAGAGUGGCGGAUACCCUAAACAGCAUUAAAGAUCCUGUUUUUUUUUUUUUUUUGUGGAUAAAAGCUCAGUUCGAGACCAUAUCGGGGUUUUGGUGCAAAGAUUUAAAAGAAAAGAGACCAAGGAAUUGAAGGAAAGUGGUAUAAGCCCUACGAAAACUGAAUUAGAUGAAGCUAUAGAACAAGUUAUUGCCAUGGAAGAGUCUGCCGAUGAGCAGCACCAUUUGGAAGAUGGCGAAAAGAGGGACAAGAUGGAAGGAGACAGGCUGAAAGCAGAAGAGAUGCGCAGAACUGCUAUGGAGACAUUAGCGAAAACACAGAAGAGAAAGUCCGUGGAGGGGCAGAGCAAAGCGAAAAAAAGCAGAAGAAGUGGUAGCGAAGCGUUAGAGUUUCUUAAACUAAAGGCGGAGCAAGACAUGGAUAUUAAGAAGCAAGAAUUGGAUUUGAGAAAACAGGAGCAAGAGAAGAUGGCUAUAGCCCAAAAUCAGCAAACUUAUAUGUUCAACCAAAUGUUAAAACAACAACAGGAACAGCAUUAA